AUGAAGAAAACAUUCGGCAACUACCCAGCACCCCUAGCCAUCCUAGACUGCGUCGAGGCCGGCUACAAGCAGGGACCUAUAGAAGGCAAGAGAAAGGAAGUCGAGUCUUAUACCAGCCUGAGUGUGGGGGAGGAGAGCCUUGCGCUGCGGUCGUUGUUUGACGGGCAGAAGCAGUGUGCCGUCAACCGAUACGUCAACAAGGGCGAACCAAAGCCAAGUGUCGACAAAGUAGCCAUCCUAGGCGCUGGCCUGAUGGGCUCGGGCAUUGCACAAGUGAGCAUUCAGAAUGCCAAGCACAAGGUUUGGCUCUUGGAUCGUUCUGCUGAUGCGGCUGCGUUGGGUGUGAAUCGUGUGGAGGACGUGUUCAGAAAGCGUGUGCGCAAGAAGACCAUGACUCAGAUGAAGUGUGAUACUAUGCUGUCGGAACUCAAGCUUACAACGGAUGUCACGGACUUGAAGAGUGCGGAUAUUAUUAUUGAAGCCGUGUUUGAGGACCUCGGUGUCAAGCAGGAGAUGAUUCGAAAAACGGAGGCGGUUACCAGCGACAAGUGCAUCUUUGCCAGCAACACAUCUGCUUUACCUAUUACUGAUAUUGCAAAGAGCUUUUAUGUUCUCUAGGCUUCCAAAUGGCCCCAGAAUGUCAUUGGAAUGCACUACUUCAGUCCUGUGCCAGCUAUGCCUUUGCUCGAAGUUAUAACACACGAGGGCACUAGCCAGUCC